AUGAGAAAUAGUUAUCUACUUUGAAAAUUUUGGCUGAUGCAGUAAAACAAUAAUUCAUGUCAAUUUGAUGGAUAUGUGCACGUACUUCGGAUAAGAGCGUCGAAAAUCUAAAGAGUCUAUCCCCAAACGAGUGUUGGGCCACUGCACCCGCCGCCAACAGCAAGCAGCAAGCAGCAAGCAGCGAGCAGCAACAGCAACAACAGCAGGAGACAUGUUGUCCGCUGAAACUCCACAACGGCACAAGUGUUUUUUCGGGCUUCAAAGCAUAGCCAGCAAGAAAUUCGAGCAGCCAGCCGCAAAGUGAAGGGAGCGAAACGUGUGCACAAAUAAAGUCGCAGUCAAAAUAAAAAUUCUCGUAGCAAAAAGGAAGAAGAAAUAAUCAUAAGCAAAUAAAUCGAAUGGAUCGCCUGCAGUUGGAGUUAAUGUAAACAAAACGCAAACUUCAACUUCACAGCUGGUUAUUGCUGAAUUUGAUAUUGUGAUAUUGAGAGCAGCAGCGCAAUUCGUGCGUGCGUGAGUGCGCGUGUACUCGGAAAUUUGCUUACUCCCGCAGGCAAUCACCGGCGGCGUGUGGGCUGUGUGGCCGCCAUCGUGAGCUACAUACAGACGUACCACAUAAGAAUUUUGACUGCGCCGGCAAAGGCGGCGUUAAUGAUGCAAAAGCAUAUAAAAUUCAACCAUAAUAAUUUGUACUUGAAAAUCGCGCGAGUGAAAUCCGUGAAAUUGAAUUCGUGCCUAUCAGGCGAAAGAUGCUGAGCAGAGAACGCGCGAAGAUCGAAAUCGUCUACUAGUUCUCUGUUGCAAACAUACACAUACAUGUGCGUGUGUAUGUGUGUAUGAAAGUAGGUGCUUGGUAAAAUCUAACUUAUUACACUGGCAGUUUUUGAAGCCCAUUGAAAUUGUUUCGUGAUUCGCUUUGUGAUUAUGUGCAGCGGGAAGAGCAGCAGCACCAAUAACAACAACAACAAAAGCAAUACUACUAGUAAUUACAUAGAACAGCUGCCCUGCGUGCUGUUGCCCUUUAGCCGUGGCGGGGUUUUAGAAGAAAACUAAUUUUUUCACUAAUCGAUCUCGCGCUCGUAGUCACAAAACAAAAAGAAAACAGGUAAAUUGAGAGAAUUGAAUUGGUAGCAGCGCAUAAUUGGCUAAAACGGCCGACCGACCGGAAAAUCAUCAAGAAGUCAUCGAGUUAAUAACAGCGAAAGCAGCAAUGUUGGCCGGCAUAAGGAAGCGUUUGGCGCGCAAAACGCUAGAUAUUAAAGAAGAAGAUGACGACAAGGACGACAUACAGGCAUUUUCGCCACCAACGAAUUAUAUUACAAUAUCUCAAGGGAAAAUCCAGCUAGUACACCAACAACACUCACAGGAAAGUGAUAUUUCCGAUGCGCAAAGUCGAAAAGAUCGGGAGGUACUGGAAAAUCGGAUUAUCGAGCUCGAAGAAGCGCUUUCCCGUUUGCAGGAAAGGGUUAAUAAUAGUCAUUGCGUGUCGCCGACGUUUGAGAAGGAGCUGCGUGAGCAAUUGGAUAACAUGAAUCGUGUGAUAAAAUCGAAAGAGCGCAAGCAAAAGCAAACUUGUCCGGGACACAAAACGUUGCAGACCCGCAUCACCCACCAAGAAACACUUUUACGUUCCAUGCAACAGGAAAAUUACACACUGAAACGCAGCAUACGUCACUACGAACGCUGUCUAGACGAUGUAAUGCGCAAGGUAGUGGAUGCCAUUGUUGCUGAAGACAUACUCCGCGAAGAGGUCACCAUGCUUAAGAAUCGAGUACGCGAUUUGGAAGCGCAAAAUGCAGCGCUUUCGGCUAGUCCCGCCAAAGGGCGUGACGAAGGCUACUGUACCAUGAGCAGUGGGCAGCCACAGCCGUCGAAUGGGCAUCUGGAAGAUUUACCCGAAGAGCCGGAGCAGUGGUUGUUGCCGGCGGAACCAUGUUCGACUGAAAUGGAAGACUGGAGCAUGUCACAAGAGGAGCUGCCCGCCGUCACGCUGGAUGAUGAGCACCAACAUUUGCGUGGUGCACGCUUGUCGACAAACCUUUCUAGGCAAAGUGGUGAAAAUGACUGGAUAUGGAAUUCGAAUGAUUUCCUAACAUCGACUACAGCGGAAACGGAUUCUGAGUCGGAAGCGAUCUCACAAUUGCUGCAACAAAAGAUCGUUUACUCCGAGGAUGAAGAUAUUGCACGCACUGAGUUCACCAACGAAUUCUACAAGUUAGUGGAUAUACGUUCUGCCUCGGCGCGUAGUCUCUUCUCCUACAUCGAAGGCGAAACAGACGAUGAGGAUGACGAUGAUGAAGACGCAGCGUCUAGUCUUUCUGAUCGACGCGUGCGUCUACGUUGCAAGCCAGCGUUGAAUGGCAACCGACUGAAAGCGCCCAGCCCGACGCCAAGCGAAGCGGGGCGCGCGCAAGUGACCAGCUGCUCGUCCAGCGAAUCAGACGAACACUCGCGUUGUACGACAACGCAACACGAACUGAACGGCAGCAUCGUCGAAGACAGCAUUGAAGAAGAAGAGGAGAUGGACACACAAUUGUGUGGCAAUGAAAGCAGUGAUAUCGAAAUCGAAGACAUACAACUAGAACCCGAGGCGUUGCAAAAGCUGAACGAACAAGAAUGCAUUGAAGCGAUAAUACGCACGGAACUGCGAAGACCUGUCGCUGCUGGACCAGCGCAUCUAAUGGUCAAAUCCAAAUCGAUGAUGCACAAAACGGAAAACGAACUCAGCAAUCUCAAUGGAUUGCUACGAAACGGUGUAACCGUAAACGGCAACGACGGUAGACCGCCGCGUGUGGUGCGUAGCGAGAGCGUUAAUGGCGCCAUAGUUGGCGGCAGUGGCAGCAGCAGUGGCAGUGGCAGUAGCGGUGUGAGUCGUGGUUCUGCAAGUGCGCACAAGUUGCAAGAACGACUGCAGCAAAGACCGGCUAACUCGUGGCGCAAAAGCAGCGGUUGGAAGCGCGUCACAACGCCGGCUAGUUCGCCCACAGCGCCGUUAUCACCGAAAAAGGAAAUGAAAACGGAGAUUGUGCGCAGCUGUGCAAGCGCGACGCCAAAAAUACCGCCAACGCGUAUACCAACUAGCGUACAACAGCAAUCGCCGCCGUCGCCAAAGCAACACCAAAGUGGACCAAUACAUUUUGGCGAAACGCAACAGCAGCAAUCGCAACAGCAGCAAUCGCAACAACAACAGCAACCAAUACGAAAAUCGAAAAUUCCUCCGCCAGUUCCCGUGCGACGUUCUUAUGCGAGCUAAAAUUAAAAUACAAAUAUAAAUACAAAAA